AUGAGUCAUAAUACGACAGUAUCAGAUGUUUCUGGUCUUGUUAUACGACCAACAAAUCAGGAAAAAUUUCGUCCGACUAUCGGACGACGAAUACUAGAAGAAGUAUUAACUGAAAGUUUAGGAGGACAUGUAUUCGAAUCGAGCAAUGCCGAACAACUCAGCAAUUCAAUAUCCUCCUUAAUUCGAAAUCGUUUAAAAGGACUUAAUUUACCAAAAUACAAGUAUAUAAUUCAAGUAAUUUUGGGAGAAGAAUGUGGACAAAGAGUUCGGGCACAUGCAGCAUGCAUGUGGGACAGCGAUACUGAUUCGAUGGCACAUCAUGUCUAUUCAAACGAUCAUUUGUUUUGUGAAGCAACAAUAUUUGCCGUAUUCCACUAUUAG